UCUAUUCCGGCCUCGUGCUUAACUGCCCUACUCUGUACACUUGGCUACACUUCGACACCGUACCCCCACUUUGCCUACGCUUCAAAAAUACAUUAGCCCUUGGCUCUCAAUACGACCCACUCCUAGGGAACUGUCAUUAUGUAGACCAAUGAAAGAGGAGUGCUCCGUCAACAAUCCUUCUACCUUAAUAAUCAUACUUGUUUAGCCCACGAUGGCACUCUUCCGACCGCAUGCUUCCACUCUGGCGAGCACCUUAAGCUUCUCCAGUGUCACUCGGCGUACGUACAGCCUAAAAACUUUGAACCUAUCUUAUGAUUUCCACGAGCCCAGCAAGCCAGGAUCAGGACCCUCUGGAAGCCCCAUUAUCUUUCUUCAUGGGCUUUUUGGUUCCAAGAAAAAUAAUAGAACCAUCAGCAAAGUUCUUGCCCGGGAUUUAGGUCGACCAGUCUAUGCGUUGGAUCUUCGAAAUCAUGGUGAAUCGCCUCAUGAUAGACAACAUGAUUAUCUUCAUAUGGCCGACGACGUUGCCGGGUUCAUAGACCAGCAUAACCUGGAGCAACCUACUGUCAUCGGGCACUCAAUGGGUGCGAAAGCCGCCAUGACUCUUGCUUUGAAAUCUCCCGAGCUUGUGCAAAACAUUGUGGCGGUUGAUAACGCGCCAGUUGAUGCCGUGCUGGAGAGUUCUUUUAGCAAAUACAUCCAAGCCCUGAAGAAGAUUGAAGCUGCCGAUAUCACCAGGCAAGCCGAGGCAGAUCGAAUCCUCCAGGAGUAUGAGACUUCCCUUCCCAUCCGCCAGUUUCUCCUUGGAAAUCUCUACCGGCCAGAGCCGAGUAAGCCGCAGCAGAAGUUCCGCGUGCCGUUGGACGUCAUCAGUCGAUCUUUGAACCACAUGGGCGACUUCCCUUUCAAGGAUCCGACAAAGGCCCGGUUUGAGAAGCCCGCUCUGUUCGUCCGAGGGACCAAAAGCAAGUAUGUUCCCGAUGACGUCUUGCCCAUCAUUGGGCAGUUCUUUCCUAAAUUUCGACUGGUGGAUCUUGAUGCGGGGCAUUGGUGCAUAUCUGAGAAGCCGGAGGAAUUUCGCCAGGCCGUAGUCGAGUUCUUGAAGGAACAGGAGUAGUCAAUGUGCACCACUUUAGCUCGUUGCGCAAGAAGCGAGGUCGAUUGGUGACAUUUGUCGUUCAUAAGGAGUGUAAGAGGGCAGUUGUAGUCUGUGAGAGUGAUAUCCAGGUGCAGGCCAGCAAGUUGAACUUACGCCGAGGACUUCAGCCAUGUGACGUUCCAGCAUUUGCAGAUCGGCCAAUGGAAGGAUACAAUAGAGUGUGGAAUCCCAAAUAGCUUACGCAAUAAAUCAGGGUUUGCAGCGC